AUGGUUAGACACACAUUGAAACCAAGUACUCCGCCCGCAAAUGGCGUGAAGCUAAACAAGAUCUCCUCUGAAAUCACACAGUCCAAAAUCCAUGGUGGUGCUCAAGCUAUGCUCUACGCUGUAGGUUUGACGGAAGAGGACAUGAAUAAGCCUCAGAUUGGUAUUUCUCCUGUUUGGUGGGAGGGGAAUCCUUGUAAUUCUCAUCUGCUCGAACUGGGCAAGCGCGUCAAGGAAGGCUGCGCGCAGGAGGACUUGGUAGGAUUGAUGUUCAAUACAAUUGGUGUCAGCUCAGCAAUCACCAUGGGCACGGAUGGAAUGCGCUAUUCGCUCCCCAGUCGAGACUUGAUUGCGGAUUCUAUCGAAGUUCCUGGUUGCGACAAAAAUAUGUUAAUCACUGGCAUGCUAUCAUCAUCCAGUUUCAUGGCAGCGGUACGACACAAUCGACCAACAAUCAUCGUAUACGGUGGAACGAUUGCUGCUGGUACCCGACAAGUUGAUUGUCCUUCGAUGGGAUAUAAAGCCGGAGGAACAGUCAAUAUCAGCGAUGCGUUCGAGGCCUACGGAGCAUAUAGAGUAGGGAAGAUUAGCGAUGAGGAGCGUUACGAUGUUGUGCGACACGCUUGUCCUGGGGCUGGAGCUUGUGGUGGUAUGUACACGGCCAAUACGAUGUCCUCCGCUUUAGAGGUUUUGGGUAUGAGUCUGCCUUACUCCUCAAGGUCAGAAUGUUUAAAGGCUGGAAAGUACCUCAAACGCCUGCUUGAACUCGAUCUCAAACCGAGGGAUAUCCUUACGCGUCAGUCCUUCUUGAACGCUAUUGUAAUCGUCAACAUCCUCGGAGGCUCUACCAAUGCUGUGCUUCAUUUUCUGGCAAUGGCUAGAGCGGCAGACAUCGAGCUCACCAUCGAUGAUUUUCAAGCUAUUUCGGAGAAGACUCCGUUCAUUGCCGAUCUGAAGCCUUCCGGUAAAUAUUAUAUGGAAGAUAUCCAUCGUAUCGGCGGCAUUCCAGCUCUCUUGAAGUACAUCCUCAACCACCGCCCAGAUCUCAUUGAUGGGUCGCAGCUCACAGUCACUGGAAAAACUCUCGCGGAAAACCUGGCUGACGUCGAGGAACUUUCGUUCGACAAUCAGGAUGUCAUACGGAGGUUUGAAGACCCAAUUAAACCUACUGGUCAUCUCAUGAUAUUGCGCGGAAACCUUGCGCCGGGAACCGCCGUUGCAAAAAUCACAGGGAAGGAAGGCACUCGUUUCGAGAUCAUCUUGACAUUUUUCGUUCACAGCGUUGACGAGUUUUAUCCUGCUCUCGAAAAGGGAGAGGUCAAGGCGGGGAUGGUUCUUAUUUUCCGAUACCAGGGGCCGAAGGGUGCUCCUGGAAUGCCAGAGAUGUUGGGACAGACCGCCGCUUUGGCUGGAGCCGGUCUGAGCAAGACCACUGCUCUGAUUACGGACGGUCGCUUUUCAGGUGCUUCACACGGCUUCAUCAUCGGACACUGUGUUCCGGAGGCGCGCUUGGGAGGACCCAUUGCUCUCGUCGAGGACGGAGACAAGAUCAUAAUCGACACUGAAGCACGACAAAUUAAUUGGAUAGUGGAUGAAGUUGAACAACAACGGCGAAGUGAAAAAUGGAAAGCAUCAGGCAAGGAAAAACUUAACGUCCGUCGUGGGAUACUGUACAGAUAUGCUCGAGAAGUUCAGCCAGCGAGUUUGGGAGCGUUCUGUGAUUGA